AUGGAGAUUGCAAAUCUCGCUCGAAGCAUCUACGGCCAAUUUGCACCCGAAGUGUCAUUUCUGGGGCAAAUCGGAGAAGUAAACGAAAGCAAAGAACCGCUUCAAAUACACGUCAUGAGUCGAGUACAAGGCAUUAGUCACUUCGAUUUUGUCCUGGCACACAACAGCCAGGUACCUGAGAACUCACCCAAAUUUUCUUCAUCGCUUCCACCCGGUAAUACAAAGUCUUUCGACUUACUACCGGCUAUUUUUUCUCUUCUCAUGGUGCUAAUCCACAGAGACUUUGGUGUUUGCAACUUUAUUGUGAAUGAAAUGACUUGCAAUUUAGUCGGGGUGGUGGAUUGGGCCGAAGCAGAGAUUGCACCAUUUGGCUUGAACCUAUACUCUCAUUAUCGACUAAUAAGUAAAAUCCAUCUCAAAAAUAGUUGGUCCCGUUAUGACGAUUAUGUCACUUUGGAGGUUAUUUUCUGGAGCACAUUCAUCGAAGAUACUGGAGGGUUGAGUAGCGACACAAUCAGAGCCAUCAAAGCAGCAAGAAAUGUAGGACUGCUACUAUCUCGUGGCUUUACGAGUCGUCUCGUGAAUAUACCGGAGCCAGUACCUAUUCAGGAUAAUAAAAACGGAGCAUAUAACAUGCGUGAUCUCGAUGGGCUGUUAAUUAAUCUAGUCACAAGAUUUACAGAUUUGGUAUAG